AUGGGCGACAAGAAUCCGGCCGAUAUUUUGGUAUUUUCUGCUUCGGAUUGUAGCGUGGACAAUUCGUCCUUGACUGGUGAAUCCGAACCUCAAGAACGCACAAAGGAGAAUAAUAUGCAGAAUCCUCUGGAGGCUUCCAAUAUCAUGUUUAACAGUACCUUGGUUGUCUCUGGCGAAGCCUACGGGAUCGUUAUUCGGACGGGCGACCGUACAGUGCUUGGUCAAAUCGCCCAUCUCACUGCUGGCGAAGAAAAGAUGAGGUCUCCACUGGCUCAUGAGAUUGACAAUUUUGUGAGAUUGAUUGCAACCAUCGCCAUUGUGACCGCUAUCAUUUUCUUCGGCAUUGCCUUCCCCGUCAACAACAACAAUGCGUCUUUGGCUAUCAACUUUGCCAUUGGCAUCUUUGUAGCCUGGGUCCCUGAAGGAUUACCGGCCACUGUUACCAUGCUCUUGACGAUUGCAGCCAAGAGAAUGGCCAAUCAGAAUGUCCUUGUCAAGGAUUUGCAAGGCGUAGAAACGUUAGGAGCUAUUACAUUACUGGCAACCGACAAGACUGGCACCUUGACUCGCAACCAGAUGACCGCUGCCAAUAUUUGGAUCUGUGGCGAGCUCUACGAGACUUCAGCCAGCGCCGGUGUAGAGAAAAAUAUUGCUAGACUUGAAAGUCCUGGAGUGAUGGACAUUCUGCACAUUUUCGCCCUCUGUUCUCGCGCAAAGUUUGAUCGGACUGACGUGCCUAUCAAAGAUCGCGAAAUUCUGGGUGAUGCUACAGAAUCUGGCCUCAUUCGCUACGCUGCUGAACGACUCAACAACUUUGAUAGGCUUGUUGAGGAACAUCACAAGGUUUUUGAGUUGCCCUUCAACUCUGAUACAAAGUGGCAUAUGACUAUCCACAAGAAAGCCCAUUCUAACGGUCCCUUGACUCUCUACAUCAAGGGUGCUCCAGAACGUGUGUGGCGUCUUUGUAGUCGCAUUCUUACCGGCCCCAAUGGCGAAUCCAAUCAGCUGACAGACGACCACAAAAGGGCUUAUGAUGAGACCUAUGAGCACAUGGCCAGUCGCGGACAUCGUGUUUUGGGCUUUGCUCAAAUGUUGUUGCCUAGUAACCAAUACCCCACGGACUUUGCUUUUGACAAGAAGACCAAAAAUUAUCCUCUAGGUGAUUUUACCUUUGUUGGUCUUACUUCCCUACAAGACCCACCAAAGCAUGGUGUGCGUGAAGCCAUCGGGCGCUGUCGAGCCGCCGGCAUCAAGGUCAUUAUGGUAACUGGUGACCAUCCCUUAACCGCUGAAGCCAUCGGUCGCAAGAUCAAUUUAAUGCUCAGCGAUACCAAGACCAUGGUAGCUAAGAAAACUGGUCGACGAUUGGAGGAAAUUGAUGAAAACGAAUACAAGGCCAUUGUGAUACACGGUGAACAAAUUGACAAAUUGUCGGACACAGAGUGGGAUAAUAUCUUUUGGAAAGAUGAAAUCAUCUUUGCACGUACUUCCCCCAAGCACAAGCUGGAAAUUGUCCGCCGCGCUCAGCACAUGGGGCAUAUUGUAGGCGUCACAGGUGACGGCGUCAAUGAUUCUCCAGCUCUCAAGAAAGCUGAUUUGGGUAUUGCCAUGAAUGUAUCUGGUUCUGAUGUCUCCAAGGAGGCAUCGUCCAUGAUCUUGUUGGACGACAACUUUGCAAGCAUCAUUCGUGGUGUAGAAGAGGGUCGACUUAUCUUCGUCAACCUUAAAAAGUCGAUCCAGUAUACCAUAUCCCACUCAACGCCUGAGGUCAUCCCCAACCUGCUCUAUGUCAUCGUACCCAUUCCACUACCUUUGUCUGCAAUCCUGAUCUUGGUAAUUGAUCUUGGUUUUGAACUUAUUGCGGCCCUUUCGUUUGCCUGGGAUCCUCCAGAGACCGAGGAAGGUUUGAUGAAGCUGCCUCCACGGAAGCCAGUAACACCUGAAACCUGCAACAUCUUCCGUCGUCGGGCGCUGCGACAGACAAGAUCUCAUUUUGAUGAGGAGGCUGGCGUCGUUAUCUCCCCCGAGGGUCAAACCCGAAUGCGAAAACAUAUCUACAAUGUGAGUCAGCUUUUCACCAAAGAGUACUGGGUGGACAAAUUUGAGAACACAGGCGCGGAAGUGUUGGUGGAUGGGCCACUUCUCUCCUGGUCUUAUCUUGAGAUUGGUCUAGUUGAAGCUGUCGGUGCUUUAACGGCGUUUUUUGUUGUCAUGUAUCGCCGUGGUAUCUCUCCGCGGGAUGCCCAUGUUAUGCAAAAAGGAGCCGGCCCCCCAACAAACUACUGGACCGAAAAUGCCGAACUCUACAACGGUAUCGACGGACCAACUCAAGUUGACAUCCUGGCCGAAGCGCAAUCCAUGUACUACUGGUCCAUCAUGACGAUGCAAAUGUGGAACUUAUUCGCUUGCAAGACCCGUCUCACACUUCCCUUUGGGAAGUAUAUGUUUGCAAACCGGGCGACUUUCUAUUGCAUUCUUUCUGGAGCCUCUUUGGCUGCCUUCAUCAUUUACACUCCAGGCGUGGAGGUUGUGUUCAAAACCUCCCGUAGUCUCCUUCCUCUCUACUGGUUGAUCCCCAUGGCAUUUGGUCUCUUCAUUGUUUUUUAUGCUGCGCUACCCAAUCUUUUGGUAGCGCGCUAUCUUUAUACCAGUUAG